GUGCACAAUCUAGGUCAUGUCAGCCGAGCGCGCGCGUCCUGUUAAUGUUUUUGUUGCCUCGUGCACAUACCCCUCCUCCCCAACCCACCACCUCCUCGGCCACCAACCGAGCACGAGCAGCGCACCACCUGUUCCACCAGCGAUUGACCGAGAUCCAGCAUCGGGCGCCGGAGGACAGCGCUUGCCUGGCUCGCGUAUCUCAGCCUCCCAGGCUUGCGUCAAGCACGCACGAUAGAUAUAGAAUAGACCUCGUACAUCCACGCCGCUGCCGCCGCCUCACACACCCUCGCCACCAUGAUGUCCCUACUCGCGCCACCACCCAACCCGUUCAGCUUCGCCCUCGACGCGUACGCCGACGCGGGGUUCCCCCACCCGGCCGGCCGGCCCAACGAGCCCGUCGUCGUCGCGCUGGACGCGUUCGACGCCACGGGCACGGCGUACCUCCGCGCGCUGUUCCCCCGCCUGCGCCCAGCAGGCAGCCUGCACGACGCCGAGGGCCUGCUGGUCCUCUCGAGCCCGGUCACAGCACACGACAUGGCCAUGGCGCCCAAGCUGCGCUGGAUCGUAGCCCACACCACCGACAACAUCGACCUCGCGGCGGCGAAAGCGGCCGGCGUCGCGGUCCGCUGCGUGACUGGUUCCAACGUGGGUGGUUGCACGCGGUCGCACGCCGUCGCGGAGGGAGCCGAACAACCGGACAACCAACUGACGCACACCCAACAGGCAGGCCUCGUCGCCGAAGUGGCCCUGGGUCUCGUCUGCUCAGCGGCGGGCACGCUGCUCGACCUUAUCGAUAGGCAGAUCCGGCCCGGGGGAUUAGGCCUCAGGAGCACUAUUGCGGCCGCGAGCGACCUUCUCACCGACAAGGUGUUUGGCGUGGUCGGCGGCGGCGCGUGCGGCUUCCUCGCGGCGCGAAAGUAGCUACGACACGUUUGGCGGCACAAUACUAGUGUACGACCCCGACCUAGCGUCCGACGAUAUCCGGUGGGCGUGCAUCCCGCACGUGCGGGCCGAGCUGGACGAGGUGCUCGCUGCGGCGGAUGUGCUGAGCGUGCACUGCCCUUUGUCGUCUGAUACGCGGGGCUUGGUCGGCGCAGACGAGCUGCAGCGCAUGCAGCCGACGGCGAUACUCGCCAGCACGACACGGCACGUCGUCGACGAGGAGGCGCUGCGCGCCGCCCUCGCGCAGGGCACGAUCGCGUGCGCCGCGCUCGACACGGGCUAUCCCUUGACUGUCGCCGAGCGCGCAGAGUGGAAGACGCUCGACAACGCCAUCAUCACCCCCAGAGACGGGACACGCGGCCAGGUCCAGACCGCCACUUCGGUCGCCAUGGCCGACUGCAUGCGCGAGCUCAUAGACGGCGGCCGCGCGAGAGACUGGGCUGUAGCGUACUAGAAUACCGGGCAGAGACGAGACUGUUGUAUAUAAAGUAGAAAACAGAGUGUAACAUGCAUCAUUGUGGCAACAGAGCAA